CCGCCUUCAUUCUGUCAUAAGGAUUUGUUACACAACAGCAAAACAAAAACAAAAUUUGUUGCAAAAUUUUACGUACAAACUUAUCAACAAUAAUUUAAAUCAAUUUUCUAGCUUUAAACUAACUUAAAUCAUCUACUAUGAGCAACUUACGGCGAGAGACUCUGAAAUGGUACAAAACGCUUCAGCGCACCAAAGAUCAGGUGUUUGCCGGUGAUCAUCGCACCAUUGAAGCGGCUCGGCAACGCAUUCGCGAGGAGUUUUUGAAGAAUAAGGAUCUCCGCGAGGAGAAAGAUAUUCAAGAGAAACUUAAAAUUGCAAGAGAUGUCGAUAUUGAACUGCGCAGCACGGUGGUCCAGGCGGUGAAGGGCGAUGACAAUGUCUAUCAUGCCAAAAUCACAAGUGAUACGAAAAAAAUGGAGAAUACCAUGUUCGAUCCGAAUGCUGAGCUGCCGCCACCAAGGACGAAGAAAUGCGGAGGCGGCAAAAAGUAGUGUUUCAAUGUUGAGAUUGCAGGCAAAACCUGUGUGUAAAUAUGAGUUAGAUAAAUAAAAAAACAUGUUCUUUCGUGGUUUUUCACGUACCUUAAAAAAA